AGCGCUCCCGUUUUGCACGGCUUGAUCGGAACGAAGCCCUGCUCAAGCGUGGUUGCUCUGGCUGCACCGGUGCUGAUUCUCCAGGAACUGCUUGAUUCAAUGGUUUCUGAUCAGGCUCGCCUGGAGGGGGCGCUGUCUGAGUCGUCUGAUGCUGCACAGCUCUAUCCUGAACUUCCAGUCCCUCUUGAUUGUAUCGCUCUUCUUCCUCACGAGUGGGGGACUGCAUCAGCAGUACGUCGUCUGGAACUAAAAGUUAAUAUGCGCGGCAGGUGGGUGGAGGAUCACGAAGUCAUCCAUAACAUGAUGUUUAACACCACAACAAACCUCAAAGUUCCUCACAAACAGACACUGACCAGAUCUGAGUGGUGGGACAACGGCGUCCUCCCCUUGUGGAUCACCGCUCAGAACCAGGGUCUAAAAACCGCUUCCUUCCACUACCCUGGAGGUGGUGCCAUCUACGGCGGCCAGCCGGUCAACCGAGCGCUGGUGGAGGAAUUCAACCACCCAGAUGACAACGAGACCGAGUGGUGUCAGAACAUUGACAUAGUGAUGAGCUGGUUCUCUGAGGAGGACUUCCACCUGGUGACGCUGUACUAUGGUGAGCCUGACAACGUGGGUCAUGCCAAGGGUCCGGACCACCCAGACAGGAAGAAAAUCAUCCAGCAGAUUGACCGCACCAUCGGCUACCUGAGAGAGGCCAUUAAACGCCAUAACCUGGCUGACAUCCUGAAUGUUAUCAUCACCUCCGACCAUGGCAUGACCACUGUCAAGAAACGGCCACAGGUGGAAGAGAUCAUCCUCAACAAGUACCUGAAUUUACUCAAGCUCACCAGCUUCGAGAUCCUUGACUAUGGCGGGUUUGGCAUUGUGACACCACGGCCAGGGAAAGAAAAGGAGGUCUUUGACUCUUUGUCCAUUGUACCCAACCUCACGGUCUACAAUAAAAGUCAGAUUCCGGAGAGCUUCCAUCUUGGCAGAAGUGAGCGGCUGCCUCCCAUCGUAAUCAUGGCUGAUCUGGGAUUCAACCUGAACUCUAGAUUCAUUGUUUACAUCAACAAAGGCGAUCAUAGCUUCCAUAAUGGAGAGAUGGACAUGAAGGCCAUCUUCAGGGCCUUCGGACCAGACUUCAAGAGGAACAUCCUGUCUGAGCCAUUUGACAGCAUCCACAUCUACCCUCUGAUGUGCAAACUGCUGCAGAUUGAGCCGGCGCCGCACAACGGAUCACUGACAGUAACUGAGAAGCUGCUGCUCAGUGGUGGAUGGCAGAGAACUCAGCUGUCUGUGGCUCUGCUGCUGUUGCUGCUGCUCGUCAUGUUCACUGUGCUCUGAUCCAGGAUCAGCUACAACAUCUGCUUUUGUGGUUUUAAUUGUGUUACUGUCACUGUGCACUGACCUUAUCACACUAUGUAGAUGAAAUAUUAUUGGUGAUAUUUAUGUAUAAUACUUACUUAUGAUCAUUUCUUUUCUAUUUUUCCACAAGUAAUUUGCAGGAUUUUUCAU